UCGAUGAAAUUGCACAACCAGCUGCUCCAGGACCGCGUUAUUGAACUUGAGAAGCGUCUGGUUUCGAGCGGUCUCUCAACACCCUCACAAAUCCAAUUAGAUCGCAUGACUCACAAGGAGCAGUUGAACUAUGCCAGCGAAAACAUGCAACUCCGCUUCGACCUUGAAACAGCGCGGUUAGAAGUAAGCCGUCUGAAGUCACGUGUUGAUGAGCUUGAACAUGACCCGCGUCGGUCUCGAGGAAAGGAUCAACAAGAGGUGAAACCGAAACUCACUGUCAGUUUCUCUGUGGACUCUGAUACCAGCUCGACAUCCAGCAUCCGAAAGGAUCUCGCCAAAUCCAGUGGAACCGAAGUGAUGGACGAGACUUCAUCAAAUGAAACCAUUAUUUGUCAGUCAAAACCUUGA